AGUCACAUUUUAUUAUUACAUUCAUGAAUAGCCUAAUGUAAAAUGCUGGUAAAUGAAGCUAAAUGUUUACUUGCAUUAUAAAUACAGAUAAACAUUUCUAAAAGCUUUUUUAGUUGUUCUCACUUGAUGAUAAAUCCUUUAAAUUUAACGGUAUUCAGAAAACUAAUGAAAAAUAGUAGGCUAUAAGCAGCUAGUUAAACUAAUCCUUUAAAUUUUAAGGUAUUCAGGACAGAGCAACAUAAAUAUCAGAAAAUAUACGCAGCUAUACAAUUAAAGGACAAAGUUUUACAUAUGCCAUUAUAAUUUGUGUUUUAUUUUUUAAUUGUAUACAAUUAUAAAAUAAAACGCAAAUUAUAAUCGGGCCUGUUUUAGGCUUUUACAUUUUUUUAAAAAUAUUUUAGAUGGUGUCACGUGAUGAAAAAAAUGACUCGCCAUGUCCUCAUUGUAUGUGCCUUUAGAGAAAAAUGCAUCUUUACGGAUUACAUAAUUAAAGGGUUUUUACUUUCGAUUUGAAUUAUUUCAUUUUAAAAUGGUAAUUUAAAGCUUUCUAUAGAUAUAUUUAUCAUAUCUGUGAGUCAGUUUCGGUGAAGCGCUCCUGUUCAAGACCGGCAGAAAGCGCAUCCUCUGUUUUCCUAUUUUGUUGAUAUUGUGAAUUCACACAAAUAAAAGUAGACCCUUUAAAGUUCCGAAUGAUGUAUUUAUCUUACCAUAAUGAGCAAAAAUUACGGUGUAGGACUGUUUUAAGUUCUACUGUAAGAAAAAAAAUGCAAGUGAUCGUGCUGGCGCCUCCAUGUCCUGCAGAGCGCGCUUCAGCUUACACUCUCCACACAAACUGAUGGAUAUGAGUCUAACAGCGCACAUUUAUAUAGAUUAAACAUUUAAACUAACAUUGCGAUAUGCUUGAACUGUUUUAUAUCUAAAGAUUUUAUUUUAGGCAAGUCGUGAUGAUUUGAUGAGGCUAAAUUAAUCAAACACAGGCUGAUUAACUCACUGCUGCCACUGGCUGCUUGGUCCUUGCUUAAAAUGCAUUUAACGAACAAAAAAAUGCUCCAUUCGUUUUUCUAAAUUAACUUUAUGGAAAAAAAAUAAAAAUAAAUAAAUAAAAUAAAAUUAAAAACUUUUCCAUUUAAUACAAAACUGAACUAUUUUAAUAACAGUAGCUAGUCUGUUUUGGGAGAAGGGGAAGACGGGCUCAGGUAAUUCUGAUAAGUGCGUACCCUCGGAAGAAAUCCUGCAGGCGCCCCUGAUUGCAGUAAUAUAACUAAAAUUUUUACAAGAGUUUGUUACCAUUUUAAAGCACGACAUGAACUACGGGUCCGAUGGGUCCUCGAGGACCGCCAGGCCCCAACGGAUCUCCUGGCCCACAAGGAUUUCAAGGCAACCCUGGAGAAGCUGGAGAGUCCGGAUCAGCCGGCCCAAUGGGUCCUCGUGGCCCCCCGGGUCCCUCAGGAAAACCAGGAGAUGAUGGGGAAGCAGGCAAACCUGGGAAAUCUGGUGAACGUGGACCUUCUGGGCCUCAGGGAGCUCGUGGAUUCCCAGGAACACCAGGUCUACCUGGAAUCAAGGGACACAGAGGUUAUCCAGGUCUUGAUGGUGCUAAAGGAGAGUCCGGAGCCACUGGGGCUAAAGGUGAGGCCGGGUCUUCUGGAGAAAGCGGCGCUCCUGGACCAAUGGGCCCACGUGGUUUACCUGGUGAAAGGGGGCGUCCAGGACCGUCCGGAGCUGCUGGUGCUCGAGGGAAUGAUGGGUCACCCGGCGCUGCUGGUCCUCCUGGUCCAGUUGGUACGGCUGGCUCUCCCGGUUUCCCAGGAUCCCCCGGUUCUAAGGGUGAAGCAGGACCUACUGGAGCCAGAGGACCUGAAGGAGCACAAGGACCCCGAGGAGAGUCUGGCGUCCCCGGAUCUUCAGGACCUUCUGGAAUGUCUGGUAACCCCGGGACUGAUGGCCUCCCUGGAGCCAAAGGAUCAGUGGGUGCUCCUGGUAUCGCUGGCGCUCCUGGUUUCCCAGGCCCUCGGGGCCCUCCUGGACCCCAGGGAGCGACUGGACCUCUGGGGCCGAAGGGACAGUCUGGUGAUUCGGGUCUCGCAGGGUUCAAGGGUGAGGCUGGUCCUAAAGGAGAAAUUGGCAACGCUGGGCCUCAAGGUACCCCUGGCCCUGCCGGAGAGGAAGGUAAGCGAGGACCCAGAGGAGAGCCCGGCGCUCUUGGACCCCUCGGGCCGCCUGGAGAGAGAGGAGCUCCUGGUAAUCGAGGUUUUCCUGGACAAGAUGGUCUGGCUGGACCAAAGGGUGCUCCGGGCGAGCGGGGAGCUGCGGGAGUGUCGGGACCCAAGGGAGCCGGCGGAGAUCCGGGCCGGCCUGGAGAACCGGGUCUGCCUGGUGCAAGGGGUCUGACGGGACGCGCGGGCGAUGCUGGUCCACAGGGCAAAGCUGGUCCGUCUGGUGCUGCUGGUGAAGACGGCCGGCCGGGGCCCCCGGGCCCUCAGGGUGCUCGCGGUCAGCCGGGAGUCAUGGGAUUCCCUGGACCCAAGGGUGGCAAUGGUGAGGCUGGGAAGCCCGGAGAGAAGGGCCUCGCUGGAGCUCCUGGUUUGCGUGGUCUUCCAGGGAAAGAUGGUGAGACGGGCGCUGCCGGACCCCCUGGACCUGCUGGUCCUGCAGGAGAAAGAGGAGAGCAGGGUCAGCCCGGACCCUCCGGAUUCCAGGGUCUCCCUGGACCCCCGGGCCCCCCUGGUGAAGGUGGUAAACCUGGCGAUCAGGGUGUUCCAGGAGAGGCUGGGGCCGCAGGGGCCACCGGACCACGCGGUGAGCGGGGUUUCCCAGGAGAGAGAGGAGGAGUGGGGCCCCAGGGCCUCCAGGGGCCUCGAGGUCUUCCAGGAACUCCAGGAACUGAUGGGCCCAAGGGUGGCGUCGGCCCGGCGGGAGCUCCUGGUGCUCAGGGGCCUCCGGGACUGCAGGGGAUGCCUGGAGAGAGAGGCACGUCCGGCAUUCCUGGACCAAAGGGGGACAGAGGUGACAACGGUGAGAAAGGACCUGAAGGAGCUCCUGGGAAAGACGGCGCAAGAGGUUUAACGGGUCCAAUCGGUCCUCCUGGUCCUGGCGGACCCAACGGUGAAAAGGGAGAAUCUGGACCUGCAGGACCAUCUGGAGCUGCUGGUACUCGCGGUGUUCCUGGUGACAGAGGAGAGACUGGACCUCCUGGUUCUGCAGGUUUUGCUGGUCCUCCUGGUGCAGAUGGACAGCCUGGCACUAAGGGAGAACAGGGUGAAGGUGGACAGAAGGGUGAUGCUGGUGCACCGGGCCCUCAGGGGCCUUCUGGAGCUCCAGGUCCUCAGGGACCAACUGGUGUGUCUGGACCAAAAGGGGCUCGCGGUGCUCAAGGACCUCCUGGUGCCACAGGUUUCCCUGGAGCUGCUGGUAGAGUCGGACCUCCUGGUCCCAAUGGUAACCCGGGUCCGGCUGGUCCUGCUGGUCCUCCUGGUAAAGACGGUCCUAAGGGUGUGCGCGGUGACGGUGGUCCUCCUGGAAGACCCGGGGACGCUGGCUUGCGUGGGCCGGCUGGGACUCCUGGAGAGAAGGGAGAUCCUGGAGAAGAUGGGCCUCAUGGUCCGGAUGGGCCUGCAGGUCCUCAGGGUCUGGCUGGGCAGCGUGGUAUUGUUGGUCUUCCUGGACAGCGUGGUGAAAGAGGUUUCCCCGGCCUGCCUGGACCCUCUGGUGAGCCUGGUAAACAAGGAGCUCCUGGAGGACCUGGAGACCGUGGACCCCCUGGACCUGUUGGACCGCCCGGUCUGACCGGACCUGCUGGGGAACCUGGGAGAGAGGGCAAUCCCGGAUCUGAUGGUCCUCCUGGCCGAGACGGUUCCGCAGGAAUAAAGGGUGACCGAGGAGACACUGGACCCACGGGUGCUCCUGGUGCUCCGGGUGGCACUGGUGCUCCCGGUCCGGUCGGACCCACCGGCAAACAGGGAGACCGAGGAGAGGCCGGACCCCAAGGACCUGCUGGAGCUUCGGGGCCUGCUGGAGCUCGGGGAAUGCCUGGCCCACAAGGCCCGCGCGGAGAUAAGGGAGAGUCUGGCGAUUCAGGUGAGAGAGGACAGAAAGGACACAGAGGAUUCACCGGUCUUCAGGGUCUGCCUGGGCCUCCUGGCCAACCUGGUGACCAAGGAGCUUCUGGACCUUCUGGACCCGGUGGAGCAAGAGGACCCCCAGGCCCUGUUGGUCCAGCUGGAAAAGAUGGUGCAAAUGGUUUGCCUGGACCCAUCGGACCCCCUGGACCUCGCGGUCGCUCUGGAGAGACUGGGCCAUCCGGCCCCCCAGGAAAUCCUGGUCCCCCCGGUCUUCCUGGCCCCCCGGGCCCCGGCAUCGACAUGUCUGCUUUUGCUGGUCUGUCCCAUCCUGAGAAGGGUCCUGACCCCUUAAGGUACAUGAGGGCAGACCAGGCCGCCGAAGGUGACCGCCAGCACGAUGCAGAGGUGGAUGCCACUCUGAAAUCCCUGAACAAUCAGAUGGAGAACAUCCGCAGUCCUGACGGCACUAAGAAGAGCCCGGCCCGGACCUGCAGAGACCUGAAGCUCUGCCACCCCGACUGGAAGAGCGGUGAAUACUGGAUUGAUCCUAACCAGGGCUGCACAGUUGAUGCUAUGAAGGUCUUCUGCAACAUGGAGACCGGCGAGACCUGCGUUUAUCCAAAGCCUGCCAAUAUCCCACGCAAGAGCUGGUGGACUUCCAAGGGAGCUGAACGCAAACACGUUUGGUUUGGAGAAGCCAUGAAUGGUGGAUUCCAUUUUGGCUAUGGAGACGACAAUCUGGCACCUAAUACAGCAAGCAUUCAGAUGACUUUCCUGAGACUGCUGUCCACAGAGGCCUCGCAGAACCUCACCUACCACUGCAAGAACAGCAUUGCUUACAUGGAUGAGACCACUGGAAACCUGAAGAAAGCUCUGCUGCUGCAGGGGUCCAAUGAUGUGGAGAUCCGCGCGGAGGGCAACAGCCGCUUCACAUAUGCUGUUCUUGAGGACGGCUGCAAGAAACACACAGGACAAUGGAGCAAGACGGUCAUCGAGUACAAAUCACAGAAGACUUCACGCCUGCCCAUUGUGGACAUUGCACCUAUGGAUAUUGGAGGAGCUCAUCAGGAGUUUGGAGUGGACGUGGGUGCCGUCUGUUUCUUGUAAAGACAGAGGAACAAAUGAAACCGGAUACAGACAAAAUUAGGGAGAGAUAACACACACUCGAGAGCGAGGAACAAAGAAAGAGAGAAACUUAAGAACUAGACAUUUUUAAGUGGGACAUCUUUAUGACUAGAAAAGAAGUGCUUCCGAAAGUAUUUUUAGGAAAUGCACUGAUAGGCACUAGCAGUACUCAUCUGUGACUGACGGGCAGACGGCGUCUCGACCCUCGGCACUCUGGGACAUCUCACAGCCCAACGCAACGCUACAUAAGGGAGAAGCCAGAGAAAACACAGAAGCAGAAGUGUCUUGGUUUUAUUUAUUUAUUGUUAAGGUGCUAUUUCCCCCUGUGCAUUUGAAUCAAGAGUUGUACAUCGGUGAGUCCCACACUAAGUAUUUUUAUCUUUUUCUUCUAUAAUUAUCGGACUCACGUGCAUUUUACAACAGCCUGAACUUUGACAAUCACAUGCAAGUGUUCGUGUGUCUUAUCACUACAGUGUAUGUAAAUUACUGUGCAUUAAAACAUAAUCAAUGGUGCUAAUCUGAUGAAACACCCUGCAUUUCUUUCCAGCGAACAGAUAUAUAAUAGACAUCUAAUUGUUUAUUUGUGUAUAUGUGUUCGUGCAUUAAAGUUAGGUUUUUUCUUCAGUCCCCGCAGCCCUGUUAUGUCACGCAGUGUACUUUUACUUCCACAUGUGGCCCAGUUUUGAGUUUUCUUUUGUAAGCUACCUCACGCUGUAAAAAAACAUCGCAAAAAAAGAAAAGCCUUACUAAUUUGUGAAGUCAGCAUUAAGCCAGACUGUGCUCUGGUCAGAAUUGAAAAGAUAAAUGUAGUUCUUUUCCCUGUUUAUGCUAUUCUUUAUGAAAUUACUUUAAUGAACGGCCUGAAGCACAUUUGGUGAAAUUACCUUCCAUUGGUGUCUUUGAAAACCUAUGUAUGUGAUAGUUGAAAAGAGAAGAGCUGUCGUAUUAUUGUUUUUAAUGAAUGAAAAUGUUAAAAAUGUACAACCUAGAGAUUGCUUUUAUCCCGUUUCCUCCUUUUGUUUAGUUUCAGAUGCACUCUUAGACAGAGGGAAGGUCAGAGCGCAUCAACCAUCUUACUUGCUUGUAUGUGUGUUGUGUUGCUUUUUAAAUUUGUUGUUUUGUUUUUUUGGUAAAAUAAAAAAGAUAGUGCAUCUUUGUUCUGUUA